UCUGAAGUAAAUCAGAUGAAAUUCAAUCAGGACAAAUGCCAAGUGCUUCACUUCGGAAGGAACGAUCAGUUGCACACACGGAAUGGGACAUGGCUGCCUAGGAAGGAGCCUGCGGGAAGGGAUCCUGGGGUCAGACUGGAUCACAAGCGAAAUGUGAGUCACCAGUGCGAUGAUGUGGCAAAACCAGAGGCCGUUCUUCUGGGAUGUCUCAUCAGGAGUGUGCUCUUUGAGCCCGUGAGCUGCACCUACACCUACCUGCUGGCGGACCUGAAGACCAAGGAGGCGGUUCUGAUCGACCCGGUUCUGGAGACGGCCAAGCGGGACGCGGCGCUGGUGCGGGAGCUGGGCCUCAGCUUACUGUAUGCAGCCAACACCCACUGCCACGCCGACCACAUCACGGGCACCGGGCUGCUGAAGAAGAUGCUGCCAGGCUGCCGCAGCGUCAUCUCCCAGGACAGCGGGGCCUUGGCCGACAUCCUCAUCCGCGAGGGCCACGGCCUGGAAUUCGGGGCCUUCGCCCUGGAAGCCCGCUCCACCCCCGGACACACGGACGGCUGCCUGACCUACGUGCUCAGUGACAAGACCAUGGCCUUCACCGGGGACGCCCUGCUGAUCCGGGGCUGCGGCCGCACGGACUUCCAGCAGGGCUCCCCGGAGACCCUGUACCGCUCCGUGCACGAGAAAAUCUUCACGCUCCCCGGAGACUGUCUGAUCUACCCCGCCCACGACUACACGGGCCAGACGGUGUCCACGGUGGAGGAAGAGAGGACCCUGAACCCCCGACUGACCCUGAGCUGCGAGGCCUUUGUCCAGCUGAUGAACAACUUGAAUCUGCCUCAGCCCAAGAAAAUUGAUAUCGCUGUCCCGGCAAACCUGAAGUGCGGGAUCCAGGAUGUGGGGACUUAGCCCCACCCUCUUUACUCCAAGGCCACACCCCUCACAACAAGCCCCGCCCACCUCCACACAGGCCAUGGCCUCUCAUUGCCCCUUACUGGGAUGGAAGGUCCUUUGGCCUGGGGGGGGCUGUCCCUGACUCUCACUCCGGUCCCUGGGAGCUGCCUCCUUUGGGUCCUCGGUGGGACUGUGGAUCCAUCAAUGGGGGCAGUUAACGAUCUUCAACCGUGGCAGGUUCCCUUCCCCCCCUCAUCAGCCCCCCCCA